UUCAGUAUCAGUGCAGCCGCGGAAGACGCCGCGCCGUCCCUUCCCGCUACGCACGGUCUAUGUGAUCUCAUUUCCUAUCUCAUAUCCAGACAUAUUUAUUCAGCAUGUCAGAAGCGAAGGCUCAGGACUCCGUGGAGCAGGUGACGCAGGAGGUGAAGGCCGUCAAGCUCGAGAAUGGCGCCGCGCCGGGCGCGACCAACGGAACCAAGCCUGAAGACAAUGCCGUCUCGUUUAAGGACGCCUUCAAAGCCUUCUCAAAAUUCGGCGACCCGAAGUCAGACGGCAAGCACAUCACGCUGUCCCAGAGCGACAAAUGGAUGAAACAGGCCAAAGUGAUAGACGGCAAGAAGAUAACCACCACAGACACGGCCAUUCACUUCAAGAAGCUCAAGAGUAUGAAGUUGGCUGAGGCGGACUACCUGAAGUUCCUGGAUGACUUGGCGAAGAGCAAGAAGGUCGAGUUAGACGAGAUUAAGAAGAAGUUGACGACGUGUGGGCAGCCAGGGUUGACUUCUCAUGUCGCAAAAUCCCCCUCAGCCGCAGCAACAGUGGAUCGCCUGACAGACACCAGCAAAUACACGGGCUCGCACAAGAACCGGUUCGACGAGACCGGCAAGGGCAAGGGCAUCGCCGGCCGCAAGGAUCUGGUGGACGGUUCCGGAUACGUCAGUGGUUACCAGCACAAGGACUCGUAUGACAAGUCGCAUUAGCUUUAAACACUGGCUGCAGGGUCGUAAGUCAGAUUCCACCAGAGCAGCGCCACUCUCAUUAAAAAACUGAAAUGUAUAAUUGUUGUUCUGCUUGAUCCUGUAAGCAAAAAUGAACAUUAACUACAAAUACCUAGAGUAGAAAAUACUUUGCUCACCGCAGGGUUAUAAUAAUUCGCAUUCGUCUUUUUUUUCGAGAGUAGCGAGAACUUGGAAGCAGAAGAACAGUCUGUAAGGUGCCGUAUGGGUUUCCUUCUAUUGUUGUGAUCAUAUCUACAUAAAUGAGAAAAAAAUAAAUGUGUGGUGGGGUGGAGAGGCCAGAUCUUACACUUGGAAUGAUUGUCAAACCGCCCUGUUGCAUUCUGGGGCUCUUCAUUUCCCUGCGACUUAUAUCAGGCCCUGCAACUAAAAUAAUAUUAUUUAAAUUUUAUAAAGAUUCUAACAAUAAUAUCCCCACAUAACACGUUGUACAUUUCCGCUGUAAGUUUUACUAUUAACGCAUUCAUCGAUGGCGCUUUGUGUGUAGUAGACGUGUAGCGACGACAUUCCUUUCAAAUCUGUCUAGAUUUAUAAAUAUUUAAAAAGAAUACAAUUCUUAAGACACUAUUUUGUAUGUGAGCAGGUGUGUAAUUGUUAUGUUCUUAAUGAUUGGUUUGAAUGUAACUUUUGAUGUCUAGUCGUAAGUAGAGUUUAGAUUCUACGUAAAAAAUCAUAAUGUCAUGGUUAUAAGUUUUAUCGUUUGUUUUUGUUUGUUCGAGUUAUCGAUAUCUAAUGUAGGAAAAAUAGUAAAAAGGAACAGUUAUUUCAUACAUAUGUAUCAAGGUAUAAUUUGUCUACUCAUAUGAAAAUCAUAUCCAAACCCUCAAUAUUUAUACGGGCCUAACUCAAACAACUAAUCAUAACAGAAUUUAAUGGUAGCUGUUUUUUUAUACAUAUAUUGAAUGACAAUCAUGAGUAUGUUAAUGAUUUUUCUACUUUUAUUUUAAGUAGUUACGUUUUCAUUUAUUUUAUUUUGUAUUUUAAUCUAUGUCUACAAAUGAAACUGGAUAAAAAAAAACAAAUACUGUAUAACAGAUAGUAAGGAAAACUAAUUUUUUAGAAAUAUUUUUUCAAUACAGAUUUUACCGAUUUUUCGUGUAUAAUUUUAUCUAUCUAAUUCUUCAAAAUAUAUCGAAACACAAGGUAAUCAAAAUGUACCUACCUACCAAUAAUAUAUUUAAAUAUAAAUUAUUUAAUUUACA